AAAGUAAAAAUUAAUCAACCACCUCGACAGCGACCACAAAACACUGGAUAUUGUAGAUUCGUCAAUUACCUUUAUCCAAGAUGGCGCUUGUAUCGACAAAGAAAGAGCAGGAGGUUGAUUAUACCAUCAAGCCUGAAGCUUUAACUCCAGCAAUUGACACCAGCAGUUGGCCAUUACUGUUGAAAAACUACAACAAUUGUAUGUGUGAAGUUAUUCGGGCAAUUGAAAGUCGACUGACAUGUUUUAGUACUUGUUCGCACUGGACACUUCACCCCAAUUCCCAAUGGCUGCACUCCGCUGAAGAGAGACCUCAAGUCCUACAUCAGCUCGGGUGUUAUUAAUCUCGACAAACCUUCCAACCCUUCCAGUCACGAAGUUGUAGCAUGGGUUAAGCGCAUGUUGAGGUAAAUGCUCACUCUUAUGCGAUCAUUCCGCGAGAAGAACUAACCGUUAAAAAUUAUAGAGUUGAGAAGACUGGUCACAGUGGUACCCUGGAUCCCAAGGUUACCGGAUGUUUAAUUGUUUGCAUUGAUCGCGCAACCAGACUCGUAAAAUCCCAACAAGGAGCAGGAAAGGAGUAUGUUUGUGUUAUUAGAUUACACGACAAACUUCCAGGUGGAGAGGCACAAUUUGCGCGAGCCUUAGAGACCUUAACUGGUGCUCUUUUCCAACGUCCUCCUCUCAUUUCCGCCGUCAAGCGUCAACUCCGUAUUCGAACAAUCCACGAGAGCAAGCUAUACGAAUUUGAUAAUGAUAGACAUUUGGGUGUAUUCUGGGUUAGCUGUGAAGCUGGUACAUACAUCCGUACUCUCUGUGUCCAUCUCGGAUUAUUGUUGGGCGUCGGCGCACACAUGCAAGAGUUGAGGAGAGUACGAAGUGGUGCUAUGGAUGAGACAAAAGAUAUGGUCACUCUCCAUGAUGUUUUGGAUGCUCAAUGGAUGCAAGACAAUGCACGCGACGAGGCAUACCUGAGAAAGGUUAUUCAGCCAUUGGAGACCCUUCUCACCACCUACAAGAGAAUUGUCGUCAAGGACAGUGCAGUCAACGCUGUCUGUUAUGGUGCCAAGUUGAUGAUUCCUGGAUUGUUAAGAUAUGGUACGUGUUUCCCCUACGGUCCCAAAUAAAAAAAUCCCGCGAUGAUUAGACACGAGUUUCAUGCACCACUCAUAUAGCCUUCGGGUCGUUGAUGAGGAACAAACCACUUUUGAGAAUGAGCACGAGAUACACUACAAUUUUUCUGAGAUUACGAUUUAUGAUUGCUUGCGCUAAUCAAUUUCACAGAGGCCGAUAUCGAGGUCCACGAAGAGGUCGUCCUCAUGACUACCAAGGGAGAAGCCAUUGCCCUUGGUAUUGCCCAGAUGUCCACCGUUGAACUAUCAUCUUGCGAUCACGGUGUCGUUGCUAAGGUCAAGCGUUGUAUCAUGGAACGUGAUCUCUACCCACGCAGAUGGGGAAUGGGACCAGUAGCAAUCGAAAAGAAGAAGAUGAAGACUGAAGGCAAGCUUGAUAAAUACGGAAGACCAAACGAGGCUACUCCUGCCAAGUGGAACAAUGACUACAAGGACUUUAACGCUCCUCCUGAAGAUGGAGCUGUUGCUAUUGCAUCCCACCCAAAGCCUGAAGCUGUUACAGCUGCUGCUCCUUCAGCACUUUCACCCGCCGAUGGAAACGCUACCAAUGAUGAUGAAGAGAAGAGUGACAAGAAGAGAAAGAGGCAUGAUGGAGAAACAGCGGAAGAGAAAGCAGAAAGGAAGCGCAAGAAGAAGGAGAAGAAAAUUAAGAGGGAAUCAAAGAAAUCCGCCGCUGGUAGUUCUGAUAGCGAGUAAAGUCAAAACGUUAUACUUUCGCUCACUAUCAUGAUUGAAUCUUGGUGGUAUAGAGUUUCCUCUUUUUCCUUCUUUGUUUCCUUUACAUUUUUAACGGUCGGAAUGAGAAUUGGCGUUGACAAAUGAAUGUAUUCUGUUUCUAUGUGUGCAACGAAUGCAGCAUGGCUUUUUGUAUCAUACUUGCAGGGGGUUUUUGCAGGCAGGGUAAUCAAAAGGAAGUUCAUUAAAUAGGAAAAUUGAAAAAGUUAAAUUGAUAG